GCACGUGCCAGUGCAACCCCUACGGCUCCUACGGUGGCUCCUGUGACCCGGGCACGGGCCAGUGCUCCUGCAAGCCCGGCGUGGGCGGCCUCAAGUGCGACCGCUGCGAGCCCGGCUUCUGGAACUUCCGCGGCAUCGUCACCGACGGCAGGAGCGGCUGCACGCUCUCGCCCUGCCCAGACCCCUCAGCCCCCAGGUCCUGCGAGGAGCUGAGCUGUGACUUCGGGGCCUCGUGCGUGGAGCUGAACGGCUUCGCCCACUGCGAGUGCCCGUCCCCGCUGUGCUCCGAGGCCAACACCACCAAGGUGUGUGGCUCUGAUGGUGUCACCUACGGGGACCAGUGCCAGCUGCGGACCAUCGCCUGCAGGCAGGGCCAGCACAUCACGGUCAAGCACGUGGGGCAGUGCCACGGUGAGGAGGAGCUGGACGAGGGCCAGGUGACAUCCACACCUGCCAUCGAGAGGGCCACGUGCUACAACAGCGCCCUGGGCUGCUGCUCCGACGGCAAAACCGCCGCGGCCGACGCCGAGGGGAGCAACUGCCCCGCCACCAAAGUGUUCCAAGGAGUGCUGAUCCUGGAGGAGGUGGAGGGCCAGGAGCUGUUCUACACCCCGGAGAUGGCCGACCCCAAAUCCGAGCUCUUUGGGGAGACGGCGCGGAGCAUCGAGAGCGCGCUGGACGAGCUGUUCCGGGCUUCUGAUGUCAGGAAGGAUUUCAAGAGCAUCCGAGUGCGGGACCUGGGCCAGAGCAGCGCCGUCAGGGUCAUCGUGGAGGCCCACUUUGACCCAGCCACGUCCUACACGGCUGCUGACAUCCAGGGGGCCCUGCUGAAGCAGCUCCGAGCUGCCAAGAGAAAAACCAUCCUGGUGAAGAAGCCCCAGCAGGAGCACAUCAAAUUCAUGGAUUUUGACUGGAUCCCCCGGCUCUUCACCACCACCGUCACCACCACCACGGCCACCACCAUGGCGCCGGGCACCACCCGCAGGGUGCCCGCGGCCACCGCGGCCCUGGGGCAGCACGCCGAGCCCGGGGGCAGCCCCGGCCCCGUGGUGGGCAGCACCAGGAGCCCUGGCAGCAGCAGGAGCCCUGGCAGCAGCAGCAGCAGCAGCAGGAGGAAGCCCACCCCGCUGCCCCCUGGCACCACGCGAGCCCCGCGGCCCUGCGAGUCCCAGCCCUGCCUGCACGGUGGCACCUGCCAGGACGACGGGCACGACUUCAGCUGCAGCUGCCCCGCGGGCAGAGGGGGGGCCGUGUGUGAGAAAUCCUCCAGCCCGUCCAUCCCUCGUUUCGGGGGCCGUUCCGUGCUGGCGUUCCGCACCAUGAAGGCGUACCACACCGUGCGGAUCUCCAUGGAGUUCCGCGCGCUGGAGCCCGACGGGCUCCUCCUCUACAACGCCCAGCGCCACGGCAAGGACUUCAUCUCUCUGGCUCUGCUCGGGGGCUUCGUGGAGCUCAGGUUUGACACGGGCUCUGGCACGGGCACCGUCACCAGCCGGGUGCGGGUGCAGCCGGGGCGCUGGCACCGGCUGGUGGUGACACGGAACCGGCGCACGGGCACGCUGGCCGUGGACGGGGAGCCCCCGGUGAGCGGGCACAGCCCCCCGGGCACCGACGGGCUCAACCUGGACACCGAGCUCUUCAUCGGGGGGGUGCCCGACGAGCACGCGGCACUGGUGGCCGAGCGCACGGGUGCCAGCAGCGGCCUGCGGGGCUGCGUGCGGGCGCUGGGCAUCAACAACCGCGGGCACGAGCUGCGCCAGGGCGCCGGCGACGUCCUGCACGCCAGCGCCGUGGGCGAGUGCGGCAGCGAGCCCUGCCAGCCCAACCCCUGCCACCACGGGGGCACCUGCCACGCCAAGGACGAGGACGUGUUCCAGUGCCAGUGCCCCGAGGCCUACACGGGCCCCACGUGUGCCUUCGAGAGGAACCCGUGCGAGCCGUCCCCGUGCCACGUCUCUGCCACCUGCCUGGUGCUGCCCGACGGGGGGCCGCUGUGUGCCUGUCCCAUGGGCCGUGAAGGGGACCUCUGCGAGCGAGUGACAGAGCAGGACCAGUCCGUGCCCUUCCUGCCCGAGUUCAACGGCUUCUCCUACCUGGAGCUCAACGGGCUGCAGAGCUUCGUGCCCGACCUGCAGAGCAGGGAGCCGGUGCCCCUGAACGCGUGGGUCAGCGUCCUGCUGGAGAGGAGCGGCCGCAAGGGCGUCCUGAGGGUCAACAACGGCCAGAGGGUGACGGGGGAGUCCCCGGUGCCUCACAUGGUGCUGAACCUCAAGGAGCCCUUCUAUGUGGGGGGAGCCCCCGACUUCUCCAAGCUGGCUCGAGCAGCUGCCAUCUCCAGCGGCUUCCAGGGAGCUGUGCAGAGGAUCUCCCUGGACGGCGUGCCCGUGCUGAAGGAGCAGAACAUCCGCAGUGCCAGGGAGAUCUCCCCGUUCCGGGGGCACCCCUGCACCCAGAAACCCAACCCCUGCCAGCACGGGGGCUCCUGCAGCCCCAGCCUGGGGGGCUACCACUGCUCCUGCCACAGGGGCUUCUCGGGGGCCCACUGCGAGAAGGUGAUCAUCGAGAAGGCGGCGGGGGACGCCGAGGCCGUGGCCUUCGACGGCCGCACGUACCUGGAGUACCACAACGCUGUCACCAAGAGUGAGAAGGCCCUGCAGUCCAACCACUUUGAGCUGAGCAUCAAGACCGAGGCGACGCAGGGGCUGCUGCUGUGGAGCGGGAAGGGGCUGGACAGGUCGGAUUACAUCGCCCUGGCCAUCGUGGACGGCUUCGUGCAGCUCAGCUACGACCUGGGCUCCAAGGCCGUCACCCUGCGCUCCAGCGUGCCCGUCAACACCAACCAGUGGGUGCACAUCCGCGCCUCCCGGGUGCAGAGGGAGGGCUCCCUGCAGGUUGGGAACGAGGCCCCCAUCGCCGGCUCCUCUCCUCUCGGGGCCACCCAGCUGGACACGGACGGGGCGCUGUGGCUGGGGGGUCUGGACAAGCUGAGCGUGCCCCAGCGCCUGCCCAAGGCGUUCAGCACGGGUUUCGUGGGCUGCAUGCGGGACGUGCUCGUGGACCGGCGGGAGCUGCACCUGCUGGAGGACGCCCUGAACCGGCCGCGGAUAUUGCACUGCUCGGCCAAAUAGAGCCCAGGGACCUCCCUCCCUGCUCCCUCCUCCCUCCCUCCUGCCUAUUGCUGUAAUUAUUUUCUAUUUUUGUAAACUUAUUGCUUUUUAUAUUUUUGGGGGGGACAGGGAGGGCAGGAAACCCUUUUUGCUUUCGGGCUCUGGGGGCGGCGAGGCUCGGCCCGAGCAGCGGAACAAAGCUCGACCCGAGAAGUGACACCAGAACUCUCCCACUGCAGCGUCGAUCUUCUUCAUACUUGAAGCUUCUUUGGUUUUGGGGUUGUUUUUCCCCUUUUUUCCUGUUUUUUGGGGGGUUUGUUCCCAAAAACAACCCCGUUCUCCCGUGGGGGAAACGCUGCUGGUGCUGGCGAGGCCUUCACGGAUUCGCGGGGUGGGAAUUCCACCCUGCUCCGGGCUCUGGCUCUUCCAAACCUUCUCCUGGCCCCGUGUUCACCUGAUUCCUGCUGCCCCCUGUUCCUCUCACUGUAAUUUAUGUGUGUAAGGAUCUCAAGUGCUUUUCUCCUCCGAGCUCUGCUCAAAUCAGGGAUGCCACGCGCUGGAAGGGAGAGAGCCGGGCCCGAGCUUCGCCCUGCGCUCGCCUCGGGACUCUUUGCUGGACUCAGAGCUGCUGGGGAGGCAAAAAUGUGGAUUUUUCCAGCGGUUCUCCUCCUCCUCUUCCUCUUGGAUGCGUGCAGGAGCAGCUGUGAAACCUCAUUGCCACAUUUUGUGUUCAUCCAGACGUGUCCUGAGCCUCCCCAGCCACCGAGCCUUGGCCUCCCUCAUGCUGGGGAUCACUUGGAGCUCCUCUCCAAGAGCUGGGAAUUCUCUCCCUCUUCCAAAAGGACCAGGAGAUUCCCUUUUCCCUCCUCAGAGAUCUCCUGGACGUGUCCUUCCACGCCCCACAGCAUUCUCCAGCCUCUGCCUCCCAGCCUGGCAACGCAGAGCUGCCACUGGAGCCUCUCCCACCAAGAGAAUUUGGAAUUUUUCAUCGUGGACUUGGAGUUUUUGGGUCUUCCACAUCCUCUGGAUGCUUCCAGCCCAGCAGGAACGGCUCCAACAGGAGCAGGAGCGGGGCUGGGGAGCAUUUGGGGGAAUUUGAAGCAUUUUCUUCCAGGAAAGGAAAAUUUUGGGGCCAGUUCUGAACUUUCUGGGGUGUGGCUGCAGUUCGGGGUCUCCUGGGUGUGGAGAAGAACAGAUGGAUCCCAGCUCUGGAAGAAAUCCCAUCUUCCAUUGGGAUUCCUUCUCCGUGGAAGGAUUUCCUGCUGCUUUGUGGCCUCUGUGUCCCUUUCCCACCCUCAGCUGGAAUUUCUCUGUGGAAAAACAACUUUAGGGAAUUCAUCUGCAGGAUCUGGAUGGGAAUUCCUGCCCAAGGUGCCAGAAUUUGGCUUUUUUUUCCCUAAAUUUCCACCCCACUUUGCAGGGCACCCUUUGAAAUGGGGGUUUUGGCACCAACUUUUGAGCCAGGAAAGGUCAAAUUUCUUCUCUCAGGGUGAGCUCUGAACAAAGGUGGAACCAAGAGGGAAAACCAAUGGAAAAACCACUUGGAUCUGCUUUGAUUUCGUUUAUUUGAUUUUUUAAAAAAAAUAAAUAUUCCCAACCUGUGACAUUCCUGUGGAAAAUGCAGGGUGAAAUAUUCCAUGGGGGGCUGUGCCCUGUGUGGGAUGAGGGCUCUGCUGUGCCUGGGCCGUUCUGUGGGUGCCAAAAUUCCCAUUUUUUGGGGCUGCUGGGUCCAAAUUGGGAUUCCUGGUGGGAAAUGCUGGGGUGGGAUGGGAGGGAGGGGUCUGGGAGUCCCCCCCAUCCAAAUUUUGGGAAUGGCAUUCCCAACUGGGCUGGUGUUCCAGCUCCAGAGGGAUGGGGAAGCUGCUGA